UCUGCCGGCAGAACCCGCAUCUGCCCUCCUGUCUUUGCUCCCAAGAAAAAAAUGUUCAAACUAAACGUAAAAUGACACCUGAUUGCGAAUCCUGGAGAACGAAGGAUUCAGAUCUCUUAUUCCUCCACCUACUGAACUUCAGAGGAAGCAGCAGAGAGCCAGCUGAUUCUCAUGUCUGCUACAUCCUCCCUCCCUCCCUCCCUCCCUCCUUUCUCACUCUCUCCAACUCACACAUCCACACCCACACCCAAGGAUACCCUCACUGCUCCACCGCCGCCGUUUCCCACACUCAGUUUUUUUUUCUUCACUUUCUACCUCCACCCUCUCCAACUACUAACACACCCACACACACACAUAUAUAAUUUUUGUUUUUUAUUGCUGCCUCAGUGGAGGAAACGCUGCUCUGACCCUGUUGCUGAGACUUCUUCGGAUUCCUCCGUCCAUUUCUCUCCUACUUUGCUGCUACCUGUGGAGGUUUUCUGUCGGUUCUCCGGUUCGGCUAUCUCAUCAGAGCGCAGAGAGAGAGGGAGCCAUGCUGGGUCUGGACGUGUGUGAGUUCGGGGGUCAGGUGCUGGAGCUGCUCUGGUUGACCAUGUGCUACAGAGGUCUACUGGCUGACAAGAGUAAUUUGGCCAUCGAGGAGGAAGAUGAGGACAGGAACCUGAACUACAAUCCCCCGGCUCAGAAGUCGCUGCAGGAGAUCCAGGAAAUGGACAAAGACGAUGAAAGUCUGGUGAAGUACAAGCAGACCCUGCUGGGCCCAGAGGCAGUGAGUCCAGACCCGACUGAGCCCAAUGUCAGAGUGACCAGACUCAUCUUGUUGUGUGACGAUGCUCCUGAACCAAUCACCAUGGAUCUCACAGGUACCCCGGUCCUCCUCAUCUUCAGCUCUUUGGGUUGGAAUGUUGUUGUUGUUUUUUUUGGCUCAAUGAUCUAAGCUUGUUGACAAGCCACACUGGCAAAUGACGAGGCAGAAUCCCUUACAGCUGAACUCUUUCAUGCAUUUUAUUGAGAUUUUAUGAGGUAAAAAAAACACCUCCAAGUAGUUUGCAAAACAUUCUUGAGUGUUUGUAUUCUGCCUCCCAAUUAAAGCUGCAAAAAAGUUUUUUUUUCCUUUAAUGUAUGGCCAUUAUAUAGGUUGGCUAUUAUGUUAAUUAU